AACACAAACAGAUAGAAGCACAAGUAAUUUCUGAAGCCAGCAAUGGAAGGAUUUGUUAUACCUCUUUGCAUAUUGUCUCUAUUAGUAUUUUCCAUCUUAAUUACCUCCAAUGGUGUAGACACCAUAACAAAAACAAAAUCACUUGCAGAUGGUGAGACCAUAGUUUCAUCAGGUGAAAUCUUUGAAAUGGGUUUUUUUAGCCCAGGAACUUCCAAGAAACGGUACGUCGGAAUAUGGUACAAGAACAUACCAAUUACGACAGUGGUAUGGGUUGCCAAUAGAGAAACCCCAAUCUUUGACACAUCAGGUGUGUUAAAGCUCACGAGUCCAGGAAUUCUCGUCCUUGUAAAUGGCACUAAUGACAUUAUAUGGUCUACUAACACAUCAAGAACAGCGCAGGAUCCGGUUGUUCAACUUUUCGAUUCGGGUAAUAUGGUUGUGAGAAAUGCAGAUGAUGAAAUGAAAGCAGAGAGUUUGUUAUGGCAGAGUUUUGAUUAUCCGGGGGACACGCUUUUACCGGGGAUGAAGCUUGGAAAGAACUUGUCAACCGGCCAAGAAUGGUACCUUUCUUCGUGGAAGAGUGAUGAUGAUCCGGCUCAAGGUGUGUUUACACUCGUGCUUAAUGCUCAUGGAUACCCACAAAUGUUUGUUAGGAAUGGUACUAAUGACUUGUAUUGUUCUGGACCAUGGAAUGGUCUCCGGUUUAGUGGGAUUCCAUACACGGCAACAAUUCCUGGAUUCAGUUCUUAUUUCAAUACGGGGGAUGUUUUCUACACUAACGAGCUUACCAACACCUCAGUUGUUACAAGGUCCGUGUUGACUCAUGAUGGAUAUAUAACGCUGUCUCUAUGGGUUGACCAAACCCGCAGUUGGCUCGCUAUGGCGAGUGCACCAAAGGCUAGCUGUGACAUGUACGCAUCCUGUGGCUCGUAUGGUAUCUGCAUCAUUAAUAAUUCCCCAAUGUGUGAGUGUUUGGAUAAAUUUUUGCCGAAGUACCCAAAGGAUUGGGACCGUUUUGAUUGGUCAAGGGGGUGUGUUCGUAAGAUGCCUUUGGGUUGCCACGAGGGCGGAGAAGAUGGUUUCGUCAUGUAUUCAAGGGUCAAAUUGCCUGACACGCGGAACUCAUGGUUCGACACAAGGAUGAGCCUUGAAGAAUGUUGGAGAAUGUGUUUGGAAAACUGCUCUUGUAUGGCUUACGCAAAUCUGGACAUUCGUGGGGCAGGAACUGGUUGCUUGCUAUGGUUUGACAACCUGAUUGAUUUAAAAGAGUUCAUCGGAGGAAGCGGGCAAGACAUAUAUUUGAGGAUGGCAUCCUCUGAAUCAGGAGGAUAUGUUAAUUCGACGCUGAAAGGUAGAAACAUAAAGCGGAAAUGGAUCAUCACAGCACUUGCAGUUUCCAUGACCAUGCUAACUACAGCCUUCUUUUACUGUAUUUGGAGGAGAAAGUUGCAAAAGAAAGUUAAUGUAGCAGGGAAGGACUUGUUGUCAUUUGAUCUUGGCACAAGCAUUGGAGCUGACAACACCACACUGACUGAAGCCAGUAAGAGUCAAAAUAGUAGAAAUAAGGAAGUUGAUUUACCAAGGUUCAGCUUCACUAGUGUAUCUGCUGCUACUGAUAACUUCUCUGAUGCAAAUAAGCUCGGAGAGGGUGGUUUUGGACCUGUUUACAAGGGAAAGUUACAAAGAGGACAUUCAGUGGCUGUGAAAAGGCUUUCAAGAAAAUCUGGGCAAGGAUUAGAGGAAUUACAAAAUGAAGCAAUGCUCAUAGCAAAACUUCAACACAAGAAUCUUGUGAGACUAUUGGGCUGCUGUAUUGACGGAGACGAAAAAAUUUUGAUCUAUGAGUACAUGCCCAACAAAAGUUUGAAUUUCUUCCUUUUCGAUCCGAUCAAGCACGGGAUACUAAAUUGGGAGUUACGCCUUAAAAUUAUCGAAGGUAUUGCUCAAGGGCUUCUCUAUCUUCAUGAGUAUUCAAGGUUGCGAAUUAUCCACAGAGAUUUGAAAGCUAGCAACAUUCUCUUGGAUAAAGACAUGAACCCAAAAAUAUCAGAUUUUGGGAUGGCAAGAAUAUUCGGGGGCAACGGAUCACAAGCAACAAAUCGAAUUGUUGGCACUUAUGGCUACAUGUCACCGGAAUACGCCUUGGAAGGUCUCUUCUCAGUCAAAUCUGAUGUCUUCAGCUUUGGAGUAUUAUUGUUAGAGAUUCUAAGCGGCAAAAGGAGCACAGGCUUCUAUAACAGUGACUCCUUUAAUCUUCUAGGAUAUGCAUGGGACUUGUGGAAGAACGGCAGGGGACUGGACUUUAAAGAUCCGAUAUUAGAAGAUAUGUCUUCCACAAAUAUGCUGCUUAGAUACGUUAAUAUAGGGCUGCUUUGUGUUCAAGAAAGUGCAGCCGAUAGACCUACCAUGUCCAUUGUUGUAUCAAUGCUCAACAAUGAACUUGUCCUUGUAGCCUCUCCAAAACAACCUGCAUUUUCAACCAACAGGAGUGUCCUAGAUCAAACAUCACACAAAUGCCCCCAAAUUUGUUCAGAGAAUGAUGUGACACUCUCAAUUUUGGAAAUUUUUAUAGAUCUUCUUGUCCUUGGAAAUCCUGUUCAGAUUCUGCUUAUUUUGGUGGUGCUUCUGAGCUAUGGUUGUGGUUCUUCUUGGGUUUGUGCUUGCCAUUGUGGUCGAGGAACUGUUCUGGCUGUUGAUGUGAUUGAGAUAAUUGUCAUAUUUACACCGCUUGUGGCAAUUAUGGUAGCUGCAACAUUGGAAAUUCCCCGGUGUUUGGGUGUUUGGAUGGUUUUGUGCUCAAGUACCCAGAGGAGUGGGGCAAUGGAGAGAGGCCAAAUGGGUGUGUUCAAAGAACACCUUUCGAUAGUCCCCCAGGGUGUAAGAGAUUGGUUUGUCCAGUUUUCGAGGGUCAAAUUGCCUGACAUGUGGAAUUCGUGGUUUAACACAACGGAUAACUUGAGGAAUGUGGGAGAAUUUGCAGGGGUACUGCUAGUGUUCCAUUUCAGUUGUGAAGUCAUGCAGUUGGUUGAUGAGGAGAGUACAUAUAGUGGUUCUCAUUCUUUCUGUAAUGAACAAUGCAGAUCAAUGAAAGGAAACUGUUAUUCUUGUUCUAUACAUUUUCCAGAAGCAGUGGCCAAUGUUGGCUCUACUGGGAAGAGAAGAGAAAUAACUCUCAUUUUGAUUGGAAACAUAGACAUCAUGACUACAACAAAAUCACUUGCAGAUGGUGAGACCCUAAUUUCAUCAGGUGGAAUGUUUGAACUUGGCUUUUUCAGCCCAGGAACUUCCAAGAACCGGUACGUGGGAAUAUGGUACAGGACAGCAUAUUACAAGGAAAUACCAAGAACGGCUGUGGUAUGGGUUGCCAACAGAGAAACACCACUCUUCGACACAUCAGGUGUGCUAAAGCUCACGAGUCGAGGAAACCUAGUCCUUGUAAACGGCACUAAUGGCACAAUAUGGUCUACUAACGCUUCGAGAUCAGCACUGGAUCCGGUUGCGCAACUUUUCGAUAACGGUAAUAUGGCUAGUUUUGAUUAUCCGGGGAACACGCUUUUACAGAGAAUGAAGCUUGGGAAGAACUUCUUAACUGGUCAAGAACGGUACAUCUCUUCAUGGAAGAGCGAUAAUGAUCCAGGUGAAGGUGCGUUUACAUUCGUGCUUGACACGCAUGGAUACCCACAAUUGUUUCUGAGGAAGGGCACUGCUGAGUACUUGUAUGGGUCUGGACCAUGGAAUGUUCUCCGCUUUAGCGGGAUUUCAAACUCAAACCAGAUUUUCCGAUUCAACUAUGAUUUAAGACUCGAUUAUGAUCUCAAUAUGGAGGAGGUUUACUACACUUUCGAUGUCCCCAACGCAUCAGUUGCUCUGAGGACCGUGUUGAGUAGUGAAGGAUAUGUAGGGCAAUGGACAUGGGUUGAUCAAACCCGUGGUUGGAUCGCUAUGGCGAGAGCACCGGAGGCUAGCUGUGACAUGUAUGCGUCCUGUGGCUCGUAUGGUAUCUGCAACAUUGGUAACACUUCAAUGUGCGGGUGUUUGGAUAAGUUUGUGCCGGUGAACCCAAGAGAGCACCGGAGGCUAGCUGUGACAUACAGAAUCUUCUGCCUGUUCUGCCAAAAGGGAAGUGAAGAAAGCCAUAUUUUUUUGGCGGAAGGAUUUGAAGGAGAUGCGGGGUAUGGCAGAAAUAAAAUGGAAGGAUUUGUUGUACCACUUUGCAUAUUGUCUCUAUUCUCCCUCUCAAUUACCUCCAAUGGUGUAGACAUCAUGACUACAUCAAAAUCACUUGCAGAUGGUGAUACCAUAGUUUCAUCAGGUGGAAUCUGUGAACUUGGUUUUUUCAGCCCAGGAACUUCCAAGAACCGGUACGUGGGAAUAUGGUACAGGGCAUUAUAUUACAAGGAAAUACCAAAAACGGCUGUGUUAUGGGUUGCCAACAGAGAAACACCACUCUUCGACACAUCAGGUGUGCUAAAGCUCACGAGCCGAGGAAUCCUAGUCCUUGUGAAUGGCACUAAUGGCACCAUAUGGUCUACAAAUGCUUCGAGAUCAGCACAGGAUCCAGUUGCGCAGCUUUUCGAUAGCGGUAACAUGGUUGUGAGAAACAAAGAUGAUGAACUAAGAACAUGGAAUACGUUAUGGCAGAGUUUUGAUUAUCCGGGGAACACACUUUUACCGGGAAUGAAGCUUGGGAAGAACUUCUUAACUGGCCAAGAAUGGUACAUCUCUUCGUGGAAGAGCGAUAAUGAUCCAGGUGAAGGUGCGUUUACAUUCGUGCUUGAUACGCAUGGAUACCCACAAAUGUUUCUGAGGAAGGGUACUGCUGACUACUUUUAUGGGUCUGGACCAUGGAAUGGUCUCCGCUUUAGCGGGAUUUCAGACUCAAACCUGAUUUUCAGAUUCAACUAUGAUUUAAGACACAAUUAUGAUCUCAAUACGGAGAAGGUUUACUACACUUUCGAUGUCCCCAACAUCUCGAUUGCUACGAGGACCCUGUUGAGUAGUGAAGGAUAUGUGGAGCAACUGACAUGGGUUGAUCAAAUCCGCGGUUGGAUUGCUAAGGCGAGAGCACCGGAGGCUGGCUGUGACAUGUACGCGUCUUGUGGCUCGUAUGGUAUCUGCAACAUUGGUAACACUUCAAUGUGCGGGUGUUUGGAUAAGUUUGUGCCGGUGAACCCAAGAGAGUGGGAACUUGGAGAUUGGUCAACUGGGUGUGUUCGGAGGACGCCAUUGGGUUGCCACGAGGGUGGAGAAGAUGGGUUUGUCAAGUAUUCAAGGGUCAAAUUGCCCGACACACGGAACUCAUCAUUCGACAUAAGGAUGAGCCUUGAAGAAUGUCGGAGAACGUGCUUGGGAAACUGCACUUGUACCGCUUAUGCAAAUCUGGACAUACGCGAGGAAGGAAGUGGUUGCUUGCUUUGGUAUGGUGACCUGAUUGAUAUUAAAGAAUUCAUCGAAGGAGGCGGGCAAGACAUCUAUGUGAGGAUGGCAUCCUCUGAAUCAGGUUAUGUGAAUCCCACAGCCAGAGGUAGAAGUGUGAGGUGGAAAUGGAUCAUCACAGCACUUGCAAUUUCCAUGACCCUGCUGACUAUAGCCUUCUUUUACUGUAUUUUGAGGAGAAAGUUACAAAAGAAAGGGAAGGACUUGCUGUCAUAUGAUCUUGGGACAAGCAUUGGGGCUGGCAACAACACACUAACUCAAGCCAGCAAGAGUCUAAAUAGUGGAAAGAAGGAAGUUGAUUUACCAUGGUUCAGCUUCGCUAGUGUAUCUGCUGCUACUGAUAGCUUCUCUGAUGCAAAUAAGCUUGGAGAGGGUGGUUUUGGACCUGUUUACAAGGGAAAGUUACAAAGAGGACAUACGGUGGCUGUGAAAAGGCUUUCCACAAAAUCUGGACAAGGAUUGGAGGAAUUUCAAAAUGAGGCAAUGCUCAUAGCAAAACUUCAACACAAGAAUCUUGUGAGACUACUAGGCUGCUGUAUUGAUAGAGAUGAAAAAAUUUUGAUCUAUGAGUACAUGCCCAACAAAAGCUUGGAUUUCUUCGUUUUCGAUCCGAUCAAGCACGGGAUACUACAUUGGGAGUUGCGUCUUAAAAUUAUCGUAGGAAUUGCUCAAGGGAUUCUCUAUCUUCAUGAGUAUUCAAGGUUACGAAUUAUCCACAGAGAUUUGAAAGCUAGCAACAUUCUCUUGGAUAAAGACAUGAACCCAAAAAUAUCCGAUUUUGGGAUGGCAAGAAUUUUCGGAGGCAACGGAUCACAAGCAACAAAUCGAAUUGUUGGCACUUACGGCUACAUGUCCCCAGAAUACGCCUCAAGAGGUCUCUUCUCAAUCAAAUCUGAUGUUUUCAGCUUUGGAGUACUGUUGUUGGAGAUUCUAAGUGGCAAACGGAACACAAGCUUCUAUGACAGUCACUCCCUUAAUCUUCUAGGAUAUGCAUGGGACUUGUGGAAGAGUGGCAGGGCACAGGAUUUAAAAGAUCCGAUAUUAGAAGAUAUAUCUUCCACAAAUACACUGCUGAGAUACAUAAAUAUAGGUCUGCUUUGUGUUCAAGAAAGUGCAGCCGAUAGGCCAACCAUGUCUGAUGUUGUAUCAAUGCUCAGUAAUGAAGCUUCCUUUCUCCCAUCUCCAAAGCAACCUGCAUUUUCAUUUAGUAUGAGCGUCCUAGAUCAAUCUCCACACAAACACCACGAAAUAUGUUCAGAGAAUGAUAUGACAAUGUCAAUUUUGGAAGCACGAUGACGGGUCAUAACUACAGCGAGGAUUCAUCAUAUUCUCAGUGUUAUCUCUUAAGAUGAAGGUCGUAAUUCUUUCUUAAGCUCGUGUCUCCUCUCUUAAGCUUGUUGUCCUUGGAAAUCCACCGGAGAGUCUGGUAUUCAAUUAAAACUUCCCCUCCUAGGAACUAGUUUGUGCCAUGUUGUGUAAUUAUUGUGUUGGUGUUUCUGAUGUAUAGUUGUAUUUCUUCUUGGGGUUGUGCUUGCCAUUGUGGUUGAGGAACUGUCACAGCAGUUGACGUUAUUGUGCGUGCAAUGCCUCUCGACGGAAAAAGAAAAGAAAGCAACUGGAAAUUUCAUCUGCAUUGAAGCUUGAGCUAUACGCUAUGAAUAUUGUCCUCA